AUGGCUUCUACCAUGGCCGCUAAUGCAUCCAGCGUACAUAACGUGAGUGAAGAUCGUGCAUGGGGCCGGGACGUCAUGAAUAACCUCCAUCAGGCCCGACAGAGCCGAACCUCCAACAUGGGUUCAUCCGGAAUGAAUGAUCGCCCGCGGGGGUCGCAGAACAACGGCGUUGGCAAGGGAUUCGGUGCUGGCAAGUCGAGCUGGAACAACAACAUCUGGGGCGAUUCCAACCUCGGUGGGUUCGGAGAUGAACAACACAUCAGUGAGACAGCAUUCGAAGGGAAGUCGGGCUCCGGCUCUUUGCUCUCCACAUCCGAAUCGGAUGGCUGGUCAGGUCGCGCCAAUCUGCCCUGGGGCACUGUGAACACCAACCAGUCGUACCAAAACAGGGGACUGGCCACAUCCCCCAUCCAGAGUCGCGGCAAUGAUCGCAGCGCUCCAGCGAUGAACGAAACCGGCGAUAGCUCCUACUUCGCCCUGCCGCGAACCAGUGGCAUUGGCGCAUCUACCGUCACCGCCAGUCACCGCCCUUACCUCCAGACUGGGUCGGAGGGUGUCUCCCCAUCUGGCGAUGGCAUCACGUUCGGUGGAUUCUCAGGUCGACGACAGAUGAGUUCCGGCCUCGGUGGUAGCCCGGUCGGAGCCAACUUCCCAGGCAAACCUUCCUUCUCCAACCCCCUCGAUGGCGCUCGCACGGACGACAUGGCCGCCAUGGGAAUGGGAUCGCUGGGGUCUGGCAUCCCCGAUUCCAUGUCUCCUACCCAGAGCCGCGCGGGUCUCUCGCACGCCUCUCACAACUCGGCCUCUUAUGCAGCUCAGCGCCCGACCCAUUCAGCCCACCCUUCUUUCUAUUCCGACAACCACAGCGCUGAUGGUCGCUACGGCAAUGGAUCGAUAGACCUGAAUGCCAGCUUCAACAAGCUCCAGAUGAACGAUGGUGGCUUCAUUACACAGGGAGGGCAACGUCCGUCCUACAUUCCUCACGCUUCCUUCGAUGGCACAUUCCCCCGCAAUAAGUAUCAGACCGACGAAGCCUCAUACCAGGCUCUCGGCUAUAACGCAGACUCCGCACAAGACCUGCAACUCGCUUACCAAGCCCGCCGCGCUGGCAACACCGGUUCGAUAUCUCCCUCCGACUACGCUCGCAUCGACAGCCCCAUCUACUCUGGUGUCGAUGGAGGAGCCCAGUACAGAACCGCUGGAGACACGCAUGCGGCUGCAUUCGAGCGCAGACUCCGUGUCCUCCAGGAGCAGGAACUCGCCCAGAAUUCACAGAGAAUGCAAUACCCACCUUCUUACGAUUACCAGGCUUACCAGGCCUCCCGUCUCAACGCACUCUCGGGAUUCUACCCCGUCGCUCAGCUCAGCAACCUUGGCGCAGCUGCACUUGUUUCCCGCACCCAGCGUGAGCCCGACACUACUCAAGUUGUUCGCAGCCCACUUCUCGAGGAAUUCCGCGCCAACAGCAAGGGAAACAAGCGGUACGAGCUCAAGGACAUCUACAACCAUGUGGUAGAGUUCAGCGGAGAUCAACAUGGCUCCCGCUUUAUCCAACAAAAGUUGGAGACAGCCAACAGUGACGAGAAAGAGCAGGUCUUCCGCGAGAUCCAGCCAAACUGCCUCCAGCUCAUGACCGACGUCUUUGGCAACUACGUGGUUCAGAAGUUGUUCGAGCAUGGAAACCAAACACAGAAAAAGAUCCUCGCCAACCAAAUGCGGGGACACGUUCUCGCGCUUUCCACGCAGAUGUAUGGCUGUCGAGUAGUCCAGAAGGCACUCGAGCAUAUCCUCACUGACCAACAAGCUGCCAUGGUCAAGGAACUCGAGAAUCACGUUCUCAAGUGUGUUCGUGACCAGAACGGAAACCACGUCAUCCAGAAAGCCAUCGAACGCGUGCCUUCUCAGUAUGUGCAGUUCAUCAUCAACGCCUUCCGCGGCCAAGUCAACCGACUUGCAGCUCAUCCGUACGGCUGCCGCGUCAUCCAAAGGAUGCUUGAGCACUGCGAGGAGGUUGACCGUCAAUCUAUCCUGGCUGAGCUGCAUGCUUGCACCCCCAACCUGAUCCCAGACCAGUUUGGCAACUAUGUGAUUCAGCACGUCAUUGAAAAUGGCGACGAGCCGGACCGGACUCGCAUGAUUGACAUCGUCAUGGGACAGCUAUUGCCCUACUCCAAGCACAAGUUUGCUAGCAAUGUCGUUGAGAAGAGUAUCGAGUUUGGUGCGGAGCAUGAACGCGUUCACAUCAUCUCAACUCUCACCUCAGCCAAUGACCGUGGUGAGAGCCCUCUGCUCGGGCUCAUGCGGGACCAGUAUGGCAACUAUGUCAUUCAGAAGGUCCUCGGUCAACUGAAGGAUGCUGAGCGUGAGGCUCUGAUUGAUCAGAUCAAGCCCCUCCUCAGUCAGCUUAAGAAGUUCAGCUAUGGCAAGCAGAUUGUUGCCAUCGAGAAGCUCAUCUUCGACCCCAACGCCCCGGUCACUGGUCUGUCCAACACCACCUCGACCACUCCUCCGCACUCUCACAAGUCCUCCCCUCAGCCCUCCAAGCGCUCCAUCCCUACUGAUCAGCCGCGGGCUUUCGGAAACGCACCGCCUACUCCUCCUCCCACCGAUCAAGCAGUCGACAGCACCCUCGAGCCCAAGGGCCUCGCUAAAAGCACCGUCACCACAGUUUCCAGCCCUGAGACGGGCACCGGCGUCCCGGUCGACGUCACUAGUGCCCACUAA